AUGAGGAAAAUUGUCUCAAAUGUAAGCUCCCCUUUUACAAACAUAACCAAAUGGCUUGUUAAUGAAUUACAAAAAUUCGGAAAUUUUGACGGUUUUUCAGUCAAGAACACAUUUGACUUCGUUGACAAAGUAAAAAACAUAGAAAUUGAAGAUGAUGAAAUUAUGAUUUCAUUCGAUGUAACGGCCCUUUUUCCAUCGAUCCCUAUUAAUGAAGCAGUCGAAGCAAUCAGAAAUCAUUUACUUAAAUUUGAUCUACCACCAGAAAAAACAAAAACUUACAUUGAUUGCAUCAACAUUUGCAUGAAACACAAUUGUUUUCAAUUUCGGGACUCAUUUUAUUCAAACGACUUCGGAUGUAGUAUGGGAAACGGCCUCUCGCCAUAUGUCGCAGAAGCUUACAUGUGUAAAUUUGAAUCUGAUUUAAAAAAAGAAGGUAAACUACCAAGUAUUUGGCACAGAUAUGUUGAUGAUACCUUUGCUGUAGUGAAGAAAUCAGAAGCUGACAAAAUACUCGCAACAAUCAACAACAGAUUCCAUAGCAUUAAAUUCACUUUCGAGAAAGAGGAUGACACCCUUCACACUUUGCCCUUUCUCGACCUUGAAAUCAAGAGAAAAGGGAAAAACGUUGAGUUCAGUGUCUACAGAAAACCCACAUCCACAGAUCGAUACAUAACAAAUGAUUCAUAUUGCGCCUAUAAUCAAAAAAUUGCAGCCUUCCAUUCAAUGGUUUACAGAUUAUGCCGUCUACCUUUAUCAGUUGAAAGCUACAUGAAAGAAUACCAACAAAUACUUCAUAUAGCUGAUGUGAACGGCUACGAUAAAUUAAUCAUAGACCAUUUGAUCAAAAAACACUCGAAGAAGUUAAAGCUCAGCAACAUCAGUACGUUAUUUGACCAAAACACAAGUUCAAAUAAACACCGCGUCACUUUACCCUUCACCCCGAAUAUCACCAACAAGCUAAUACAUGUCUUUGCUAAAUCAGAAAUGAGCAUUGUACAUACAAACAACAACAAAUUAAAAUCUAUCCUAGGAUCAACAAAAGACAACAUACCAACUAAUCGAUGCAGCGGCAUUUACCAAAUCUCUUGCUCUAACUGCAACAAAAAAUACAUUGGACAAACAAGAAGAGCUGCAGAGGUUAGAUUCAACGAACACCAUCGAUCCGUAAAAAAGAAAGAGAUAGACAAAGCAAUAGCAGCCCACAUAUUUGACCCAAACAACGAUAGUCCACACAAAAUAACUUCUUUUGACGACAAUUUUAAGCUUUUGAAAAAAGUAAACAAACCUAAUAAACUGGACGCAUAUGAAUCUAUACAUAUAUAUAUCAACAACAACCUCAUGAACUUAGAACCUGGACCAAUUGACUCCAAACUAUUCAGCGCUAUUAAGAAAGAGAAUAGAUAA